GCAUCGAAAACCUAAGAAUACACAUCAUCUCCUCCGCAAUACCUAAUUCAUUACUCUUUGCAACAGUCAAAGACCCGACGCCGGCUCAACUUCGAUACGCGACACGAUACGACGUAAGAUAGCCGCUUGCCUGCGCUGGAAGAACCGCGAGAGCACCAACAGUCCUUUACAGAAUCGUCCCAGCCCCACCUUGAGCGCCGCGCAUCUAUUCACUGCGCUGCGGAAUAUCUUCAAAGCUGGGCAGAUGUGGUCAUCGCGACCGCUUCAUCAUCAUAUUGCGCACCGGAUGCUGCAGCUGAUUGUACAUUGAGCCCUGGAUCAGCCCGUCGCGAUCCCACCCUCAUACUCCCUGACAUCCCGACCCUCGAAAGUGGAACAUCUUCACCAUGUCUUAUUACCCGAACGGUCAGCAACCUGAUUACGGCCAGAACUACCAGCAGCCGCUAGCAAACCAAUAUCAGACCAUAUAUCCGAAUCAUCCAACGGCCUACGACAAUGGAGAAGACCCAGCAUACGGCGCGACCAACGGUCGCGCCCACAAUAGCUAUGACUACUCAGCUUCACAACAGCAUGUGAGAAGCAACAGCUCGGCCUCAAGAGCAAACGAUGAGCUGUUUAUUGGUGAUGCGUCGGCAGGGGCAGGGCACCGUCCAGUCGGUGCUUCCGCCUCUAACACAUACGCUCAUCAAUACUCAUACGGCCAGGCCUCUCCACCGCAGCCACAGACGACUUAUAAUCCUCGGAGCUAUGUUGCCCCAAUACAGCAACCAAAUCCUGCAACCUACGGCGGCGUAAAUCGAACGACAUUCCAGCCAAACUCUCCACCUCAGCCAUAUAAUCCGGCUGCCUAUGCAGAUAACACGAUGGGCCGCGCGAAUACUGUCAGUCAAUCGUAUGGCUACGCCUCCCCCACGACUCAGUACACACCGACCUCUCCUCUGCAAUCCUCAUACCCAAGCGUUACUAUGCCGCAGGCUCAGUCAUAUUCUUUUGGUGGAGGAAGAGCCCAGUCGCAACGAGAUAAUCGGUACAACGAUCAUUCUCAGCAAUCGCAAGGUCGCCCCAGCGCCUACACUGCCCCAGCUCCUCCGCCUCCGCCAGUCCCUCCCUCUGCAGCUUCUCUGGAGGACGAGUGGAACCCCAUAUCGCCAAGGCAGCAAGUCUAUCCUAGCUACUCACACUCCUCUGACCCAACUACCAACCGACACCAUGUACUUCCAUCUCCUCCUAUAGGAGGUAAUAUACGUCAAAAUUAUUCCCAACCUCGCCUCGAGUCUCCGACCAUAGGACAGCACACCUCUAAUCCUCUGCCUCCUACUCCACCCGCUCCUGUACCUCCUCCACACCGCGCCGAUACUAUCAAUCGGGGGAACAGGCCUUUGCCACCGCACCCGAGUCGACCAGGAGGUGAAGAAAUUUCUCCUCCACCGCAAACUCCAUCAUAUUUCGAUCAAGACGACCUCUUCGAUGAUGUAGAACGCGCCUAUAGAGGUAUGAGCACAGGUGCGACAAGCCCACAGAUACAGCUCAACCAGCAACCCAUCGAUGAGGGUGAAAUAGACAGGUCGUACUCUGGAUCCGGUAGGCAUGGUUCUGGCCCCAACAAUAGUGGGUCAAAUGGCCGCCUUUCUCCUGGUGACACGGCUAGAUACUAUAAUUAUAGUGAUGAAUCUGAUGCUGAAGCUGCUGCAGGCCUGGCGGCUUUGCAGAUGGCAGAGCAACAAGAACGUGAAGAUGAGGCUCGUAAGGAGAGUGGAAACCAUGCUUUGUUCAGCAGCUACACUUCUGGUUCUCUGGCGCCGCCACCUCAGCAAUACACUGCAGCUGGCAAUCCACCCGACCAAGGCAGCGAUAGUGACUUCGUUGGUGUGGAUAUGUCAUCGUUCCAAGGGGGGAUAGCACCAUCAUUCUCGUAUGGUGGGCGGCCAGACGAACUUGCAGCGGGAGGCAGUACCGCUCGGCAUGACGGAGGAAGUCAACCAGUAUCGACAUCCAGCUCUAUCAGGCGUUCUGAAGACACCAGCGAUGGGAGUACAUCUUACGAAUUCGACCCUAUACACCCCUUUCCUCCCUUCGCAGGCCACACCAACCCAACUGCCAGGGUUGACACCGCAGGGACCGGUGGACUUUCAGAGCCGACUCCGGGAGGUCACCGACGCCGUCUCAGCUACGAUGAAGGUGACGAGAGCGUGCUCAUGGAGGCUCGAGCUGGAGCCGUCGGCGAGAUACCAGACAUGUUCUACCACCCUGGUAUGCAGAAUCGACCUCUUCCACCUCCUCCUCCUGGUGAGCCAAGAUAUGAGUCCGCUGAUGCGCAUAUGAGAUAUGGCCAGCUCUACGCGCCUGAUUCAUAUCAGCAACAAACUCCGGGAGGUAUACAAGUGCCACGCUCGACUUCGUUAUUAAACCAGAGCAGAACACCACAGACAACCGCGCCAAUCCGAUCGAAAACCGAUGCAGAGCAGACAAAGAAGAACAAUCGCAUGUCAACUAUGUACGGAAGUGAGACCUCCACAUUAGUCGAGCCACAAGGUGAUGCGGUUGCCCUCGAUCUCCCAGCGCUCCCCGCUGCUAAACGCUUUAACCCGGCUAAGUUGACAGCGAAUGACUUUAGGAAAUGUUCCGAGCCAUGGGCACUGAGCUCAAUCUUCGAGUGGAUGAAAGGCCUAGCUGCUGGAGAAGCUGAUUUGAAGGAGCAUGCGAUUGUCGAAGGUCUCCAGGCUCUUUUCUCGUACAAAGUGCCGACCAUGAGUAUCUUCGAUGUUGAGGCCUUGAGUACGCAGGUCAUGCAAGAGAUGUUCAGGUCUGGCGCCGUCGUGCGGGACGAGGAAUGGCUGAAAUUCAGUAACAAGUCAACGACCGGGAUAAUCUACCAAUUUACCGGCAUCGGCUGUUACUCGCCCAAAGUACAUGAUAUGCCCUUGUAUGGGCGCUGCUAUUCGCAUCACUGCCAGAGAACCGUGAAGAAGAUUGAUCUCCAGUCGCAGGCUGAUGUGGCAGAGCAAGCAGACUGGGCCACGUAUUAUAAACUUAAGAAGGAGGACCUCGAAGGCACACACAAGAAAGAGAUCGAGCGACAGAACAUUCUGCACGAAAUUGUCCAGGGUGAGGAUAAAUUCAUGCGAGAUCUUGAUGUACUGAGGAUCUUGUACCGUGACAGACUCCAGGCAGCGCAGCCGCCAGUCAUCGGACCCAAGAAGCUGGCAGGUUUUCUAAGCUCAGCCUUCGGAAAAGCUGACGCUGUCAAGAAAGCUAACGAGGAUCAUUUACUACCACAAUUAAAGUACCGACAACAGGAACAAGGGCCCUGGAUUGUUGGCUUUAGCGAGAUAUUUAGAGAAUGGAUUCGGAAAGCAAAGAUCGCAUACAUUGAGUAUGCGUCUGCGCUUCCUUACGCGACUUUUCUGAUACGGCAGGAAGCGGACAGGAACAUGCUUUUCAGAGGCUUCUUGGACCAGGCACGCCAGAAUGCAAGAUCGAACAGGCUUGGCUGGGAUAGCUUUCUGAAAGCACCAGUUGCCAGGUUACAGCGUUAUGGCCUACUCUUGGACACUGUUCUAAAAAACUCGACUCAAGAUGGCGACGAAAAGCGUAACACACUCAAAGCCCUCGAGGAAAUCAAAGCUGUCACAAUGGAGUGUGAUGCGCGUGUGGCGGACAUGACAAGGAAGGUUGAUCUCAGUGACUUGCAAUCCAAACUCAUCUUGCGUCCUGGCAUGCAGAUGGUGGAGCUCAACCUCGACCACCUGGGCCGCGAACUGAUACACCAGGGUGAUCUCCAAAGAAUGGGAAAUACACGCUUCACACUACAGGACUCACAUGCUCUACUUUUCGACCAUUAUCUAGUGUUGGCAAAGACUGUUGGACAUCGCGAGGUAGAAGGCGUGUCAAAAUCAGAGAAAUAUGACAUCAACAAACUGCCUAUUCCCAUGCAGCUUCUAGUGUUGGAGAGCACCGACGACGAGCCUGUGGUUAAAUCAGCGCUGAAAGGUAUUACCGGCACUGGAGCUCGAGUGGCUGUGCAAGACAAUCGCUUAGGCAGAACGAGCUCGAGUCAAAGCCCGCUGCCAGGAGCUCUUACCCACACCAAUACGUCUACGUCGGUCAACUCAGUUAGCACCACUUCUUCUGGACGUACACUUGGUCCCACUAUUAGUGCCGAUGCAAAGGACGAUAAGGUCUUGUAUCCUUUCAGGAUAAAGCAUCUUGGUAAAGACGACUAUACUCUUUUCGCAACAAGUUCACAAAAUCGGAGCGAAUGGUGCGCCAAGAUUGUUGAAGCAAAGACAAAACAUGCGGCUGGACUAUUUACCCAGAAUGCUGAGCCUUUCAGGCUACGCGUAAUGGCCGAUUCCGCAUUUGCCUACGAGACAGGGCCUCCUGGUUCGAAGAGCGUUGUAAUCAAAGGCACACCUCUUGAUCGAGCCAUAGCAGACGUGGAGAAGCUAUAUCAGAACUCUGGCCGACCAGCGCCAGUCUGUCGCGCAAGAGUAAAUUGUGCUACUGCAUUCAUGCAACCCACAGGGAAGAACUCCGUUGCUGUCGGAACUGAUAACGCGGUCUACAUAGCAGAAGUGGACAACCCAAGAGGCUGGAAUCGAGCGAUUCAGACGCCAAAGGUGUCGCAGAUUGCUGUGCUCGAAGAAUUUGGCCUCUUCCUCUUGAUCUCAGAUAAGUCACUGAUUGCCUACCAUCUGGAUGCCAUUUGCCCGGUCGGUGGCACAACGUCCGCGAACGAACGUCGCGCGCCCCAAAAGCUAUCAGGUACUCGCGACAUCGGCUUCUUUGCAACGGGGAAGAUGAAAGACCGCACACUGGUGUUCUACAAAAAACGCGAAGGUCUCUCAUCUACAUUCAAAGUUCUUGAGCCGAUCUUUCAAAAGUCAAAUGAGAAGAAGAGUCGAUUCCUUCGGGUUGGAAAGACAGAAUACUUCCGGGAUUAUGAUGAGUUCUACAUUCCAACAGAGUGCUACGGCAUAAACCUCUUCCAUUCGUCUCUCGCCGUCUCUACCUCCAAAGGAUUUGAGGUUCUCACAUUGGACAAAAAGCAGUCCUGGUCUGUCCCUGAUCUGAAACCACCACACGUUGCAACAAUUGCCGCCCGUCUUGCCAACCAGACGCCGCUCGGGAUGUUCCGUCUUUCGGACCAAGAGUUCCUUCUUUGUUACGAGGAAUGUGCUGUAUAUGUCAACAAGUAUGGAGAGAUCUCGCGAUCGGUCAUCAUGGAGUUUGUCGGGAAGGCCAAAUCUGCAGCCCUAUACGGACCGUAUGUCGUCCUGUUUGACCCGAAUUUUGUGGAGAUCCGAAACGCGCAGAACGGUCGUCUACGGCAGGUCAUCGCGGGUAGAGACGUCAAGCUCCUGGACGAUGCGCUGUCCGGGGGAACGGCCGGACACAGGACUAUAAAGGUGUGCAUGCAGCACCCUGAAGUCGAGAGGAGCCAAAUUGUAGUGGAGCUCUUGCUGAAUGAAGGUCUGAAGGAAUGAUAGCGGCGCCGAUGCAUAGCCCAGUGUUUUCCCUUUUUGUGUGAGGCCGGUGUUUUGUUUUUAAUUGGUUGUUUUGGCGCGAAGGCGGUUGCAGGUCUGACGAUAGCGAUGGAUGGAUGGAUGGAUGGACGCACAUGGAGCAUGUGACUUUUGGAUAACACAUGCUUCAAAGAAGGCUCGCGGCAAAUUUUAUAUGAUACCUAGACGUUCUCGUGUAUGUAUGUAUGCGUAUGUACGUACAUUUGCGGUAGCAUUUGGGAGGACGGGAUUUUGGGCCAGGGGUGG